GAUUGGGGAGAAAGGAGCCCCGACGCGCGAACAGCCAAUCUGUCCGUUUCUGCCUUGUUGCUCAGGCUGCAACAUGAGAGCCGCACGCCUUCUUAUCUUAUCGGACCUUUCCCCCACGUGAGCACCUCGGUCCGCGGGGAUGCCGACUUCUUGCCCCGGUAUUUGCCUCAUCCUUCUUGUGACUCCAAUGCCCUCCUCUGCUUCUAGCGCUCUCUUUCUGUCGUAGCAGCAUUAUUGUACAGUUAUUUCCCCGUUCCUGCUUCUCGAUACUCUCUGUGCGCUCCGUUUGGCGAUCCGUUUGGUAUUUCCGUGCUCAUCGAUUAGUCAUUACCUCGGACAGAAGCACACUUGUAUACCUACUGUCUCUUGAUACAACGAGCGCUCUGUUUCUCGAAUUCCCUUAGCCACCAUGGCUGACGCGGUCUGCGGUCCUUCUAAUCCACUACAGAAUUUCCGAAAGCAUGCAUCGACAGACCGGACGCUUCAGCAGGAUCGCUUGACUGCCCGUCCAUCUCCUGCACAAGGUUUCCGAUCAGCAAAUCUAAAUGCCGGUGUCUUAGAUUCCGAAUUCGAAGCCUUUGAGGCCAACCUAGCAGGGCCACCCCCCAGUCUGCAACAUCCUGUCCCUUUCGGGGUACACAGUCGACAUGGCCCUAUGUUUUCCGCGGGGGAGAGCUCCAAUUGGGCAGCAGACUUUCAAAGGCUGCAGGUGUCUGACGGUCCCCCGAUGCAUGCUCAGCAUCAUUUCCAACCAGCAAACAUUUCCAUGGCCGGACCUUCCCAGAGAGGUUGGCAUGAGGAGUUUGUGCGACAGCAACAGGGAAGUCCGGCCCAGCUUCAUCAACCAUCUCACAGUCCAGCGUUCCAACAACCAAUGCAUUACCCCAUGACUGGUGGGAUGAGUUCUUUUGUUCCCCAUGCGACACAAGCAGCACCGCAGAAUGCUCAUCCCGCAGAGACGCAGGUCUUCGACGAAUCAUCAUUCGAGGCUGCGUUCGCACAAGCGCGAGCGGAAAUGGAGUUACAGGAGACAACUGCUACGCAAGAAACCACUACAGUUGCUAGCACGCCACAAGUGGAUGCUGUUUCAACCGAGCAACCUCUAGAGCAGAUACGGAUUGGCUCUGACACGAUUCCUUACGUGGAGAAGGACAGCACUGAGGGCCGGGUGGAUGAUUCAGAUGCGCUCGCAAAGACGGCGGGCCAGCUACUCGAAAGCGUCAGCCACGACCAGAGUCAGAAAUUCAAAGAGAGCAAUUUCCUUGCCCUUAUGCGUCGGAUCCGUGACCGGGAGGUGCGCGUGGAGGGAGACGAAUUCCGCGAUGUCGAGCAAUCACUUCACCCUGGCGGCAAGUAUUAUCCGGCAGACUAUCGAUCACCGUCUAAUCAUGAAUCGCAACCGGCGGCCAAUAUAACCGGCGAUGAUGAUGCUGGUAGGUCUUGACAGGUCAAGACGGACUGAAUGACCUGACUCCUUAGCUUAACGGACUAGAUUUUGAGCGCGGUGCUGGUAACGGGAUUCGGAACCGUGUAGGAGGAAUCCUGAGCGAUACUGGAGGGUCGGAUGAUACCAUCCUAUUAGAGUCUCCAUCUGAGGGAACCGACACAAGUCAUCUUUACGAGAUACCAAGGCCCGGCAAGGGAACAAUCGAUCGCGGUAUUGUAUAUCCUAUGUCCUGCUUUUUUCGAAAAGACCUAGAAGCACUUGGCCCUGUAUAGGUUGGACUUGCUACAGGAUUCGUGAUCGCGGUCCGACACCUUGAUUGCUUAUCAGACACACUUCAUAUCCCACUUGCAUGUAUGUAGCUAUUAUCUAACAGAAACUUGCUGCCGGCAGACUCGUCUUUUCUGGCGAGGUGAUCAAAAGCAUAUAAUAAAAUCCGGCAAUUAUGACUUCCA